AGGGAUUAAAUAUUAAUAAACAACAGGGUUUUGCCCUAUCUAUUACAAAGCAAAGGAGAUAGAGCGGGGAAAACAGAUCCCUUUCAAGUCCUCAUCAAAGACAAAAGCGAGUUCUUGAGGACAAUUAGCAAAAGUUACAAAGUUGGAUUGUAAUCUGCCUCCCAUUCUUGCGAGUGCGUCCGCUUCGUGACCUGCUUCGUGACCUGCGAUUGCUUCUGCUACUUCUGCUGUAACUGAGCCAUCACCAGUUGAUUAUUAUAACAUGACAAAUAGUACGAAGUACUGAUGGGCUUUCACCAUAUUCAUGAUAGGAACAUGUGACAAAUGCUAAGAAGUGAUAACACAUACGCCAAGAUGGAAGGCAAGAACUUAACAAAAUCUAUAUAUUCGUAGUCAUUAGCAUCCAAUCAUUAAAUAGUCCUAAUCUUCGAAUUGAUACCUAACCUUUUAACACUUUCUCCAACGUUUUCCAAGGCUAGUAGUUGAAAAGCUGAAGUCAAGUGCCCAAGGGAAACCCAAAAGUAAGCAAUUGAAAAUGAAAAAGUGAAAUUAGAUUCCAAAGUCAAGACAUGUAAACCUACUUAACUACUCGAUUUAGCAAAUCUAUUUUAAUUGUGGUAGUGCAAUAAUGACAAGUUUUUUUUUUAAGGAAACAAUGUCAAGUUUCAACUAACUCUUGUGCAAAUAAGGCAUCAUUUCUUUUUCUUGUUUUAGCUUGCACAAGGAUCAAACUGAAUCAGAUGCCAUGACCCAAUUUUUGCUUAAUCUAGCACGCCCAACAGAAUAAUAAUCACCAUUCCUCAAAUUUAUGCCCCAGAAUCUCUUUCCAUAUUUGGACGAAGCUCUGCGCGGACGGCCAACGCACCUGCACUAUAGAAGAAGAGAACAAGUCAAACAACAACUACUAACAACUACAAUCUAACCGACCAAAGAAACUUCAAGAAACUAGUCUGAAAUACUAGUUUCUAUUUUGGUUCAUUGCUUUAGUUGUGCCCCGAACCAUUCUGUUUUCCUCAUCAUCUCCCUCUCGUUGUGUAGAAGAAUGAAGGCUUUGGAAAAACUAUGCUCACAUUUUUACAAGGUGGCAGCCAUUAUCUUCUCCAUAAUACUUCCUCAAUCCAUAAGAUUAACAAUCUUGAUUAUACGUGCUUCCUGGAGCUGGUGCAGACGUACAAGCUCCAAGUACAAGUACAUGGCGGCAAUCAACAAGAAAAGCUCCAAGUUUGUUUACACAAAGGAGUUGAGAAGAUUGAGGUCAGAGCCACUUAUUUGCUCCAUCUGCUUAUCAGAUUUUGUGGAAGGAGAAGAGGGCAGAGAGCUUCUACAAUGCAAGCAUAGAUUUCACAGAAACUGCAUAGAGAAAUGGCUUCAGGGCUGGCAAGCUACAUGCCCACUUUGCAGGCACUUGGUGAUACCUAAUGAGAUUGUUGCAGAAUAUCAGAUAUCACAGAUUGUGGAAGAAAAUAACAGCAGUGAGGAGGAAUUAGCUCUUGUUUUCUUGUCUCCCCUGCACCUGCAUGGCAGGCUUCAUCAUGGGUUUUUCUAGUGAAGUUGAUGCAUUAAACACAAACAACCACACGCAAGAGUUGCUCCAGUGGUUCAGAGAAAGACUUUUAGAAUUUUUUUCUACUAUCAAGUUUAGAAUUUGAUUCAGUAUUCGAAUUUUGUACCAAAGGAUUCCCCAGACAAGGGUUAGAGCAUAAAUGGUAAAAGCACCUGCUUCGGAAUUUAUGCACUGGGGGAUAUGAAGUGUAUUGUGCACAGGGGUUAUGAAGUGUAUUCUGUUCCUCUUUAAUCCACAAUGUAUCAAAGAGAAAUUAGUCACUUUUCCUGAGUUAUCGGCCUUAUGGCUAAGACAAUGAGAAAAAUGAAUAGUUUCGGCUCCAG